AUGGAUAGCAGGGAGGGCCACGAGGUGCUGGUGGCGCUGCUGCGCGCCUGCGCUGGGCGGCACGCCGAGGUCCACGCCCUCGUCCAUGCCGCCCUCGGGCGCCAACGCCACGCGCUGCUGCGACUCACCAACCACGGCUACUGGGAGACGUGUCUGAAGGAGCUGAUGACGGCGGCGGCGCCGUAUCACAAUCUGUGCGCGGCGCUGGUGCACCGCUUCCUGUCCGAAGGCGUGAUGGAGCACGCCAAUGGGGACCAACUCCUCCGGCACUGCUUCGCCACCAUGCCUUACCAGCAUACCAUGGUUCUAGUGGAGCACGCUUUGAUCAACAUGGGCGACAUGCUGGAGUCGGUGUCGGGGUCCAAGUGCCUGGUGGAGUGCUACGCGGCAGCCCGGGGCGAGCAGCUCCGGGCAUUCCAGGAGACCCUCCUCACGCACGCCCACAUCAUCGCCAUGGGCGAGCACAGCAACUACUUCAUGCAGCAUGCCCUAGAGCACGGUGACGUCGAGACGAGGCGAAGGCUCCUGGACCGCCUCCUCGGGGACGGCGGCGGACUCGUGGAGCUGGCCCUCGACUGCUACGGGAGCUACGUCGCGGAGGCCUGCUUCCAGAGGACAGGGAUGCCCUGCCGCGUGCUCGCCGCCCUGCUGCGCCUCCACGACACGCAGCUCGCCUGGCUGGUGCGGGGCAAGUACUCCAACUAUGUCGUCCACAAGCUGCUCGACUUCUGCAAACACACAUUCCCCGUGGAGACGAUGAACCUGGCGUGGCGCAUCGAGGCGCUGCCGCGGCACGUCACGGACGAUAUGUAUGCCAGGAAGGUGAUGAGGGUCAUCAAGAACCUCUUCCCUCCUCGAUACAACCGGAUGUAUCAUGCCUAG